AUGGAACAAAGAGGCGCGCGCGGACGGGCGAGACGCUGUUUGCUGGGAUUUGCGGCCGCGCUGCUUUUGUGCAGCGGGACUUCGGCGCAAUUGAGGUACUCCAUCUCCGAGGAGGUCGACGAAGGAACCGUGGUGGGAAAUGCCGCAAAGGACCUCGGAUUGGAUCGGAACGCGCUGAAGGAGCGCAGGUAUCGGAUCGUCUCGGGCAGUGCGGAGCCUCUUUUCCACGUGAGCCAGGCCGAUGGCGUCCUCUACGUCAGCAGGAAGAUCGACAGGGAAAAGGAGUGUCCGCAAAGCGCUGCGUGUCUGAUCAACCUAAAAACGGUGCUAGAAAACCCACUGGAGGUCCACUAUGUGGGAGUGGAAAUCUUGGACGUGAACGACCACUCCCCCACAUUUGCCGAGGAAGAAACGAAGAUGGACAUUCCUGAAUCGGUGCUGCCUGGGGCGAGAUUUCAGCUGAAAGCGUCUCAGGAUGGUGACAGUGGUCACUUUUCUGUUCAGCAAUAUAAACUCAGUGAAAAUAAUUAUUUUCGCUUAGAAGUUAAAGACAAAGGAAAAGAUGCCAAAAUUCCCGUACUGGUUGUUAAAAAAUCGUUAGAUAGGGAAGCAACAGAACACAUUUCAGUUGUGUUAACUGCAGUGGAUGGAGGAAAACCUCCAAAAACAGGUGCAAUGAAUAUUUCAAUAAAUGUGCUGGACAUCAACGAUAAUGCGCCGAUAUUCUCUGAAGAAAUCUAUUCUGUGAUGCUCCAGGAAAAUGCCGAAAUGGGAACGACUGUCGUUCAAGUGAGUGCAACUGAUUUAGAUGAAGGAUCAAAUGGAGAAGUAGUUUAUUCCUUCAGCAACAGUAUGAAUCAAAAUAUAAUGGAUUUAUUUCAUAUCACAGAAAAAACAGGAGAGAUUGUAGUGAAAGGCCCGAUAGACUACGAGGAGAACGACGUCUUUGAAAUUGAAGUUCAAGCGUCAGAUAAAGGUUCUGUUCCACUAACAACAGAAAAAAGUGUCAUCAUCAAGGUUGUUGAUGUGAAUGACAAUGCACCUGAGAUCGAAGUCACGUCAUUUUCCAGUUCCAUUCCGGAAGAUUCCAGACUAGGAACCACAGUUGCUCUCAUCAGUGUCAACGACUUGGAUUCUGGCCCGAACGGGAAAGUCAUUUGCUCCAUAAGCCAGGAUCUUCCUUUUGCCUUGUCGCCGUCAUUACAAGACAAAAUGUAUUCUUUAGUUACGAAAUCCCCUUUGGACCGGGAGAAAAGGUCCACGUACGACAUAUCGGUAGUUGCCAGAGACGCCGGACGACCCGCACUCUCGUCCGAGAAGACGAUAAGCGUUUACGUUUCAGAUGUCAACGACAACAGGCCCGAGUUUGCCUUCAGUCCUUACACUUUCUACGUCGCCGAGGGCAACAAAGCGGGCGCCUCCGUCUUUUCCAUCCAAGCUUCUGACCGCGACGAUGGCGAGAACGCUGCCAUCACAUACCGGAUUCUCAGAGAAGGGAGAGAAGAAAAUAAGCCGUCUUCGUUUCUGAGUAUAAAUAGCCAAAGCGGAGAAGUCACAGCGCUGAAAAGUUUUGACUUUGAGGCGCUGAAAAGCUUCCAGUUCCAGGUGUCGGCCACGGACGGCGGAAGUCCUCCGCUGAGCGGCAACGUGACGGUCAAGGUGUUCAUUCUGGAUCAGAACGACAACGCUCCGGUCAUCGUGUAUCCGCUCAGCUCCAACGGUUCCGCCCAAGGCGCGGAGGAGAUUCCCCGCAAUAGCAAAGCGGGAGACUUGGUGACCCGAGUCCGAGCCUACGACGCCGAUACGGGAUAUAACGGCUGGUUACUGUUUUCGCUGCACCCGCCUGGCGAGCGCGCUCUCUUUUCUUUGGACCGCUACACGGGCCAGAUCAGAACUCUUCGCUCCUUCACGGAGACGGACGGGGCCGAGCAUCGGCUGCUGGUACUGGUCAAAGACAACGGCGACGUUUCGCUGUCGGCGACGGCUACCGUCACCGUCAAACUGGCGGAGCCCAAAGAGGUUUUCGCCGCUUCCGACCACGUCCAAAGUGCGGCCGAAGCGGACCGCAGCGAGGACCGGCUGACUUUUUAUCUGGCGCUGACUUUGGGCUCGGUCUCGUUGCUUUUGGUGAUCAGCGUGGUGGUGCUGAUCGCCAUGCGCUGCUCCAAAUCCACAGAGUACACUUCCAAAUAUCUCCAAGACCCCCAUUAUGACGGCACGCUGUGUCACAGCAUCCAGUACCGAUCCGGGGACAAACGCUACAUGCUGGUCGGACCCAGGAUGAGUAUCGGUUCCACUGUCAUGUCGGGCAGCCGUGCCAACACGCUGCUCAUGUCUGACGCCACAAGCGCAGCAGGGGAGGUAAGACAAAUACUGAACAAAUUGCCUCUUUAA